GCUACAAGAACUCUGUCGACAAAAUUUGAAGUGGGAUGAAGUUAUUCCCCACUCCAUUUCUAGGAAGUGGCUUGAUUGGCUGAAGGAUCUCCAGCUGAUAUCCAGUUUUAAAGUGGACCGUUGCAUCAAACCAAGCUGCAUCAGAAAACCAGACAAAGCACAACUUCAUCAUUUCUCUGUCAUAUUUAAAACUGGAAAAGAAUAACAUCUCACAUGUUACUUUCAUUUUAGGAAAAGCAAGAGUUGCUCCUAUGAAGCAAACGACAAUCCCCAGGUUGGAAUUGACAGCUGCUGUUCUGGCUGUCCGAGUGAAUAAAUUGCUGCAAAUACAGUUGGAAAAACCUGUUUUCUGGACUGAUAGUACAACUGUACUAAAGUACAUCUCCAGUGAAACCAGAAGAUUUCACACCUUUGUUGCAAACAGGAUCUCUGUCAUCCGAGAGGCAACAGAUGUGAAUCAGUGGAGAUAUGUUUCCUCCAAGGAGAAUCCUGCAGAUGAUGCAUCCAGAGGCAUGAAAGCUGAGGAGUUCCUCAAAUGCAGGAGAUGGAUAAAUGGGCCUGAAUUUCUCCACAGAUCAGAAGAGGAAUGGCCUAAACUGGAGGUGGAUCACCAUGUAAUUCCUGCAGAUGACCCAGAGGUCAAAAGGGACCUAACAACGUAACAGAGGAAAGUUUAUUGAACAAAAGAUGGCAGAUCUGCCAGAAGAAAGGGUUCUGCCAGCCACCGCUCCGUUCACAAAUGUUGGAGUGGAUUAUUUUGGUCCUAUAAGUGUUAAAAGAGGACGAAGUCUCCUGAAAAGGUAUGGAGUUCUGUUCACUUGUUUCACCAGCCGUGCAGUACAUCUGGAAAUUGCAUACACCCUCGAUACAGAUUCCUGUAUAAAUGCAGUUCGCAGGUUCAUCUGUAGAAGAGGCCCAGUUUCCACCAUCAGAUCUGAUAAUGCCACAAAUUUUGUUGGUGCAAAUCGAGAGCUGAAAGAGAGUUUGGCUGAACUGAACCAUGCUAAAAUUCAAAAUGCUUUUGUGCAGGAUGGAAUCAAAUGGAACUUUAACAUCCCAGCAGCCUCUCACCAAGGUGGAGUUUGGGAGCUUCUGAUUCGUUCCAUAAGAAGCAUUUUAGUCUCAGUUCCUAAAGAACAAGUUUUGGAUGAUGAAGGACUUCAAACAAUCUUUUGUGAAGUUGAAGCCAUAUUAAACGACAGACCUAUUACCAAAGUUUCAGAUGACUCAAAUGAUCUUGAGUCACUCACACCCAACCAUUUGUUGUUGCUGAAAAACAAACCAGUUUUGCCACCAGGACUGUUCAACCAAAAGGAUCAGUAUGUCAGGAAAAGGUGGAAACAGGUACAAUACAUGGCAGAGCUGUUCUGGAAAAGAUGGCUUUCUGAGUACUUACCUCUGAUGCAGGAAAGACAAAAAUGGACAAGAACUAAAAGAUGUCUCACUCCUGGAGAUGUUGUCUUAAUUGCAGACUCUACAGCCCCAAGAGGAUCAUGGAUGAUGGCCAAAGUCUUGAGUGUAUACCAGGACGCAAAAGGCUUGGUGCGUUCUGUGCGAUUACAAACCAAGACCAGUGUUUUGGAAAGACCUGUGACCAAACGCUGGAAGCAUCACCCUGAGGAAUUAAGGAGAUGUUUGAGGGAAUAG